AUGCUCAGUUCAGCAGAGACUGCAAGCAGUGUCCUCGGCUGGAUAUCCAUCGCGACAUGGAUACUUGUAUACUCACCGCAGCUUAUUGAGAACUACAAGCUCAAGUCAGGCGAGGGUGUCAGCAUUCCGUUCGUCGUUAUCUGGCUCGCUGGAGACAUCUUGAACCUUGUCGGCGCGCUCAUCGCCAAUCUAUUGCCUACUGUCAUUCUCCUUGCGGUUUGGUACACACUAUGCGAUACACUACUCCUGGGACAGAUAUACUACUAUCGAUGGAGACAUGCCCACACCGCCGCCAUGCUGGCGGACGAUGACGCGCCGGUUCUCGCCGAUGAGUCUGCCCCGCUACUGGCAGGCGGUACUGACAUUCCUGAAGAGAGGGAGAAAGAGGAGACCUCUUUACGUCGUGAAAUCAUCCACUAUACCGGAGCAAUUGCAUUUGUGGUCGCGGCAGGUGUGAUCGCAUGGGCGGUCAGCACGCAGGUGGACACCGGCGACGAUGUCCCACCCACGAAGGGCGCCGAGGAGGUCAUCGAAUGGCGCAGCCAGGUCAUGGGCUGGAUCAGUGCCGUGCUAUACUUGGGCUCGCGGGUCCCGCAGAUACUGAAGAACACAUCGACCCGCUGCGAAGGCCUGUCACCCGGAUUGUUUAUUUACACAAUUUUGGGGAAUGCAACAUACACUGCGUCGAUCCUCGUCGUCGGGUUGGACCGGCAACAUCUGAUCGUGAACGCAAGUUGGUUGGCCGGAAGCGCGCUCACGAUCUUCCUUGACUUAUUUGUGCUGGGCCAGUUUGCACAUUAUCGGUCGGAGGCACGGGUGACGGAUUGUCCCCGACCAAAGGCCGCCUCCCGUCCUGCCCCUCUCGUGCCGACCAGCCGCGGGCGCUUCACUGCUCGGCAUGCGGAAGAUGCAGACCGUUUAUCGUCGGCACCUGAGGUGGCGCAACAACAACAAUACCCCGUAGACUCGCUGCCGCAUCUGCGUGCGGCGCUCUCGAAUCUCGACACGACGCUUGCGAAAUUGGUCAGAGAGCGGGCCGCGCUGUCAUCGUCGCUCGAGGCGGCCGCGCGGGCAUCUGUCCCCGUCGCGCGACUACCACCUGAGCUGCUCUCCGCCAUAUUCAUCCUCGCCGCCGUGGACGAUGCCCCGCUACACUUUAUGCUCGUUUGCCGCCAUUGGGCAGCACUCGCUCAGGAUACACCGGCGCUCUGGGCUCGCAUCCGCAUCGGACCCCACCACCCUCUGUCGCGCGCGCGAGUGCGCCUGACGCGCUCGAAGAUGGUCCCUCUUGACCUCUCGGUGGCGUUUGACAGGCGGAACGAGCCGACGACGGAAACGGCAGUAGCGUUGACAGCGGCGCUGCAGACGCUGACCCCACAUAUUUCCCGAUGGCGCUCUUUCCGACUCUCCGUCCCCUCGCGCGCGCAUGCCCAACUAGCGCUCGCACUCUGCCGCGCCCCUGCACCACUCCUCGAGACCCUUCACAUCCGGGUCGCCGACACCUACACGGCAGAUGAGCUAGAAGGAGCGACAGCAUCGCCCCUGGUCCUGUUCGGUGGGCACACGCCGCGUCUCGCGGAAUGUUCCAUGCAUGGUUGGACACUCGGGCGCUUGCGCGGACUUCGCCGACUGGAGUUGGCGGGAUAUUGGGACGGCGCGGCCCCGUCUGCCAGUGAGAUGCUGGAGAUCCUUCGCGCGUGCCCGAAGCUCGAAACACUUGCUUUGCGCAACAUGUCAGAUCUGGAGCUCGAUGACCCCGCUGCGCUGGACGGGCCCUCGGCUGUCCCCUCCAUCUAUCUCCCUCGACUCCGCCGUAUCACGCUCUCGUAUGCCGGUGGACUCAGGACCCGUGCAGUUCUUGAUCAACUCUCGAUGCCUGCACUUGAGGAUGUGGAGCUCUGCUAUCUGGACAGCAUAGGGCCCGUGCUUCAACAUUUGACGGCCCAAGCCGUGACCGGACUCCCGCUCGCGCGUCUACACAUAGAGAACUGCAGCUUCCGCGAGCAAGAUUUGCUAUCUCUCCUAUACCGCCUGUCCGUACUAUCUGUACUCGAGUUGGUGGACGUGCACGAUGUCGGAUCUGGGAUUCUUCAGAGCCUCGCUGUACCCGUCAAUCAAGCGUGGGCAUGCCCCAACCUAGACACGCUCUGCCUUGACGGAUGCAGCUCGUUCGACUUCGCCUCUCUUCGUGCCUGCGUUGAGGCACGAUUGGCCCCCGACGUCCGCGCUUUCCCUGGCCCACGUCCACCGAAAACCUCGCCGUCCUCGGUCUCCGCUGCUUCUACAGCCACAGACGGAUCGGCCCUCACACGAUAUCCCCGUCGACCUUCUGUGGCCACCAACGGCCGCUCGCACUCCGCGCCACCUGACGGCGCGGGGACUUGGACCUGGCCUUCGCGAAUACGCCGCGUCUCUCUUACACGGUGUGAGCAACUCAGCGCCGAGAUGCUCGGUUGGUUGAGAGUAUACGUACCGGAAGUGACCCCGGCGCCCACGUCCUACUAA